AAGUAUGCCCCAUUGUUACGUCAAAAUACUUUGUUGUUAGACACAGACAUUGACGUUCUGUAAAGAUCAUGGGUCUUUUUCAGAGUUGUUUUACCAGAAAUACCAAAGUGGGAGAGAUGGAGGCGUACGAGAAAGUGCGGCGAACACUGGUUACAGAGGAAGUAACAAAAAAGAAAAGCGAUGUGGCCUUUGAUCUUACCUUCGUUUCAGAAUCAUGGGAAACCCCAAAGAUGCCUCCACCGAGAUUGCUUAAAAACAAAAAAGGAGAUUUUGAGAAAUGGAGAUAAUCUCAGGAAAAAGCCCAGAUCGAGAAACAGGAGAGGACACAGCAGAAGAGAGAAGAGGCCUGUAUGCAGAAAGAGAUUGAAGUGGCCCACAAGGAGAUGGGGAGGCUGGAGAAAUAUGUCAACAUCGAUAUCGCUGCUGAAUAAAUGAGACUCUUCUUCAUUGACUAAAAUUUUAAUUUACGCAAUUGUUUAAGCUGUAAUUUUGAACAUUAGAACCAAAGAGGGGACACCCGAGCUCUUUAUUUGCUCUGUUUUGGCUUUUAAUUUCAUCUCUUUCUCUUUUGGCUUUUUGAUGUUAAUAUAAAAUUUUCAAUUCGCAAUGUUGGGCCUUUGAGACAGAUCUAAGAGUAGCAUUGCAGAACAAAAUUGAACUAUUCCAAAAUAUUCACGUCUUUCGGAACUUUGGCCCUAUAAAUACUCAUUCCGUCAGGGAUCAGGGAUGGGUAUUACGUUGGAACACUCAUCCCGUCAGUGAUCAGGGGUGGAGGUUCCUCGUCAAAAACUUCUAAAUUGUAAAUGAAGCAUCCGUUUAGAGAUGUCCAAAAGCUCCGUUGUCCUCUCUUUUCAAAAAGCUGGUAUUCAAAGGUUUAAUAAACUAAUUAUUUGAAAGCAA